AUGAACCGUCAAAUAGAUGAUGUGAUGGAGCUCUGCUCUGAGAUAUCGAAGAUAGAGCAGAUUAAAGUGGCUGUAGAUAACUCAACCCAAGGAGCUGCUGCUGCUGGUGGAGGGGCUUUUUUAGGGGGGGUACUCGGAGGUCCACCUGGUAUAGUCAUUGGUGGUGCUUUGGGAGGUGCCAUGGGAUGGUGGAUGACUAGUGGCGAAUUCCAUCCUCUUCAUCAGAUCAUAAUGGAGAUGCCUCCUCAGCAGAAGAGGAAACUGUACUCUGAGAUCAUGGAAGAACUGGGCAAUCUGAAAUGGGUUAACCUGGCUGAACUCAUUUCUAAAGUGAUGCGUAAAUCCUCUCUAAAAAGGAAAAUACUUACUACUGUAAUGGAUUUUUUCACAGAAGAGUUCGGAGUCGAAGUGAAGCAUGGAUAA